AUGGUAGAGCCCCCUAACCUGAUCAUCUCCCACCAGGCCCCACCUCUUAGAGGUUAUAGCACUUCAACACUGCCACGCUGGGGACCAAGCUUCCUGCACGUGAACCUUUUAGGGACAAACCAUAGCAUCUGCAUUGCCUUUUCCGAGCCCAGACACAUCCUGAAGUGUCAACGGGGGCUGGAGGCUGUCACAGAGAAGACACCUGAUGAGUUUCUGGAGCGCAGAAGAGGGAAUUCAUACUUUAGGGUAGGAUGUGGGAAAGGAGAUCAGCAAAAUCAGCAAAGACAUUUGGGAAAAGCUGCCUUUGUGGGAAUUUUGCAUUGGAUGCAUUUAACAACACUUUUUGAGAAUGACCGUCGUUUUUCUCACCUCUCGACUUUGGAACGGGAGAUGUCUUUUCGCAAUGAAAUGGGACUCUAUUAUUCUUAUUUCAAGACUAUUAUUGAAGCACCUUCGUUUUUGGAAGGCCUGUGGAUGAUUAUGAAUGACAGGCUUACUGAGUAUCCCCUUGUAAUUAAUGCAGUGAAACGAUUCCAUCUUUAUCCAGAGGUAGUCCUAGCUUACUGGUAUCGCACAUUCAUAGGAAUAACGAAUUUAUUUGGGGUAGAAACUAAAGCCUGCUGGAAUGUCACCAGAGUGGGAUUUCCUAGUGAAGUUGAGAGCUGUGAAGGAUUGGGAGAUCCUGCAUACUUUUAUGUGGAUGUGAUUUUUAUCUUAAAUGGACUCAUGCUGGGAUUGCUCUUCAUCUACGCUGCAUACCUGAGUGAGACUCAAUUAGGAGGUUUAAUUACAGUCCUGUGCUACUUUUUCAACCAUGGAGAGGCCACGCGUGUGAUGUGGACGCCACCUCUCCGUGAGAGCUUUGCGUUUCCGUUCCUGGUGCUUCAGAUGUAUAUUCUAACCAUGAUUCUCAGGAUCUCCAACAAUUAUGGAAAACAUUACAUUGCCCUCUGUCUUGCCAAUGUUGCUUUUAUGCUUCCCUGGCAGUUUGCUCAGUUUAUACUUUUUACACAGACAGCCUCGUUAUUUCACAUGUAUGUUGUGGGGUACAUUCAGCCAAGCAAGUUUCAGAAGAUCGUUUAUAUGAACAUGAUUUCAGUUGUCCUCUGUUGUAUUUUGAUGUUUGGGAAUCCAAUGUACUUAUCUUCUUAUUACUCUUCAUCUUUGUUAAUGACGUGGGUGAUAAUUCUCAAGAGAAAUAAAAUUCAUAGAUUCAGAGUAUCAGAACUCAACUUUUGGCUAAUUCAAGGUGGUGCUUGGUGGCUUGGAACAAUCAGUUUGAAAUUUCUGACAUCUAAAAUCUUAGGUGUUUCAGACCAUAUUCGCCUGAGUGACAUUAUAGCAGCCAGAAUUUUACGUUAUGCAGAUUUUGAUACUUUGAUGUACACCUGUGCUCCUGAGUCUUACUUCAUGGAACGAGUGACUCCACUGAGAUACACAAAAACGUUAUUGCUUCCAGUUGUUACGGUGAUUACUUGUUUUAUCUUUAAAAAGACUAUUUGUGACGUUUUAUGUGCCUUAUCUACAAACACUUACCUAAGAAAACAGCUCCUUGAACGGGGUGAGCUGGUUUUUCACUCGUUGCAGUUGUUAGCAUUUGCAGCCCUUGCCAUCUUGAUUUUGAGGCUGAAGCUGUUUUUGACACCGCACAUGUGUGUUAUGGCUUCUUUGAUCUGCUCUCGAUGGCUCUUUGGCUGGCUUUUUCGAAGAUUUCGUUUUGAGAGUGUUAUCUUUGGCAUUCUAGCAGCAAUGUCAAUACAAGGCUGUGCAAACCUCCAUAAUCAGUGGAGCAUACGAGGAGAAUUUACUAAUAUGCCUCAGGAAGAACUUCUACAAUGGAUCAAAUACAAUACCAGACCAGAUGCUGUUUUCGCAGGCACCAUGCCAAUAAUGGCGAGCAUCAAGCUGUCCACACUGCACCCCAUUGUGAACCACCCGCACUAUGAGGAUGCAGGCUUGAGGGCCCGCACAAAAAUAGUUUAUUCUGUGUAUAGUCGAAAAUCUGCAAAAGAAGUGAGAGAUAAACUCCUGGCAUUACACGUGAAUUACUAUGUUUUAGAAGAAGCAUGGUGUUUCGUGAGAACCAAGCCAGGUUGCAGUAUGCUGGAAAUCUGGGACAUGGAAGACCCUUCCAACUCGGCGAACCCCUCCCUCUGCAGCACACUGCUCCAGGACGAAAGGCCUUACUUCACCACCGUGUUUCAGAACGCUGUGUACAGAGUGUUGAAGGUUAACCGAGAAGGAGACUAUAUGAGGAUCUUCUGAUCGAAGGAGGUGGUGCAAAGAAAGCAUCAAGGACACACACUUAGCAUUCAUUAAGAUCACAAGCUUUAAUAAGAGCUGCUUAAUAUAACACACAAUGACUUAAUGUUUUUCCGAUUACAAAAGACAAAUUCAUUGUUCUCCAUUGAAUGUCAGCCUUAUAAAGCUAGUCACAUGGAUUGUUUCACCAGUGCUCAGGAAAGAUCUUUUAUACUUUCUGAUAAGUUUUUUAAAAUCAUUUUGAGUUAAAGUAUUUUUUGAAACAGCUUGUUUUAUAAUGUUUUAAGCCUCUAGAAAUUUGCUUACCCAACCAGUUAAGUAUUUUCCCCUAAUUAGUUCUCAAUUUAAGUUCAACAGGUAUUAAUUUGUCUUUAGAAUCCAGUGGUUUUUCUCUUAAUAUCCAGGUACAAUGACAAUUGUUAUGGUAUACAACCACGUUUGUGGUUAAACAUAAUCAGAAAGGAACUCCAGUUAGAUUUAUCGAAUGAGAUUAUCAGAUGUUAAAUCUUGAACGAAACAAAGGCCUUUCCCUCUUAAUGGUCUGUUGGCCUUAGUGACCUUUUGGACACAGCCUUUGUUUCCAGCCACCAUCUUUUGUAAUACUCAUUUGUAAGUCUUCUUUAUGUUUGCUUUUGGAUGAGGUCAUUAUUUGUAAACCCUUUCCCCCAGUAAAACCUACCCAACAAUAAUGCUUUGAAAAAUUGUAAGUGGUUGUCAUGAAGAUACAGCAGCCAAAUACAAAGAGUAGCACUUACUCUUUUUCUCUGCCCUGGUAAAUACUCAAUAUGCUGAAUCUGUAAUAUUUUAAUGUGCAUCUACUCUGUGAGUUCAGCGUUUUCAAGUUUUUGUACUUCCCUUACAUUCUUGACCCUCUAUACUUGGGAUAACAAAAUGCUUUAAUCCCAUAGAUUACUCCUCACCGUAGACAGGCAACCAUACACCUUUAGAGUUGUAAAA